AUGACCCAGGGAUUGACGCCCUUGGCAGAUGCCCAUGCCCAGCCUCCACGGUUGCUCCUGAAGCAGCAGGUUAUUGCUGCUUGUACAAGGCCGGUGGCUAAGAUGAGGAGUGCUGAUGUCAAUCAAUUGCUAGCAGAGCACAAGCCCUCCACGCACACGGUGUCUUUGCUGAUAAACCUGAACCAGAGCGUGUUGGCCGAGCUGCAGGAUGCAUCCAUCUUCCCAGCACAAAGCAGGCGACACAGGCUCUACAGGGAGGAGCUGAACCUGACGUCCCCAUCUGCACCGCUGCCGCUCCGGCCGGAGGCCAGCUGGCUCCAGUUCCACCUGGGCAUCAGCCGGGAUGGGCUCUACCCACGCUCCAGCCCCACCAUCAACCAGCUCCUCCGGGACAUGCAGGAGUUCACCACUAUCAGUGCCGUCGUGAAGCCCAGCGGCGUGCACCUGAAGCUGGUCCUCCGGUUCCAGGAUUUUGGGAAAGCCCUGCUCUCCCCCAGGCAGAAACGUGAGGAAGAGACUCCUGAGGAUUUCUUCUACUUCGUUGACUUCCAGAGGCACAAUGCAGAGAUCGCCGCCUUCCACCUGGACAGGAUCCUGGAUUUCCGGAGAGUCCCGCCCACAGUUGGGAGGUUGAUCAACGUCACCAAGGAGAUCCUGGAGGUCACCAAGAACGAGAUCCUGCAGAGCGUCUUUUUUGUCUCACCAGCCAGCAACGUUUGUUUCUUUGCCAAGUGCCCGUACAUGUGCAAGACGGAGUACGCGGUGUGUGGGAACCCUCACCUCCUGGAAGGGUCCCUCUCUGCCUUCCUGCCCUCCCUCAACCUGGCGCCACGACUCUCCAUCCCAAACCCAUGGAUCCGGUCCUACUCGUUUGACGGAAAAGAGGAGUGGGAAGUGAAUCCGCUCUACUGCAACACGGUGAGGGAGAUCUACCCCUACAGCAACGGCAAUCGGCUGCUCAACAUCGUUGACAUGGCCAUAUUUGACUUCCUAAUAGGGAACAUGGACCGUCACCACUAUGAAAUGUUCACCAAGUUUGGGGACGACGGCUUCCUCUUACAUCUGGACAAUGCCAGAGGGUUUGGGCGGCAUUCCCAUGACGAAACCUCCAUCCUGGCCCCGCUCUCCCAGUGCUGCAUAAUAAAGAGGACAACGCUAUUACGACUCCAGCUCUUGGCCGAGCCCGAAUACCGGCUCAGCGAUGUGAUGAGGGAAUCCCUCCUGCAGGACCGCCUGGCCCCUGUCCUCACCGAACCCCAUCUCUUGGCUUUAGACAGACGGUUACAGCUUAUCCUGAAAGCUGUGAGGAAAUGCAUAGACACCUAUGGAGAAGCCAAGGUGGUGGCCAAUGACACCAUGCAGCCCGAGGCGCCCGUGUCCGACAGAGUGAAGCUGACCACUUAAAGAGCCCUUAACUCCUGCUCAGAGGUGGGGAAAACCCCUGCAAGGCAAGUGGCAAGUUCUAAUAGCUGGUAACUUCCAUCUACAAACACCUACAGAGACCGAGAGGGGGAACUCUUGAGAAG